UACAAACAAAUAUAGAAACAGAUAAGCAAUAUCAUGAUUGAUCAUUUUGUUGUUCAGACAGUCAACAAGGACAAAAGUGAGCAGGAAAAGAAUGAAGGGAGGAGGAGGAUCAAGUGAAAAGGUGUCAUAUUAUUUUGGGUAUCUUCUUUCGGUCACCUGACCUCACCUGCAGUUGGCACCGCCUCUUCAGCUUUGAUAGACAAGCUGCCGCAUCCAUUUUGGAGUCUUUUCACCUCGAGACAUUAAAGAAGACUCACGAAGAGCCGCCAUGGAGGAGAAACCAGAAGGAGAGUGGAGGAGGAGGCUACCCAGGUUGAAGAUCACUGGAAGGUUCUGGAAGAACAGCAGACAGCAGGACCCCACAGCAGAAGACGAGUCAGAGGAGACCAGCGGGAAGUUGACGGUCACAGAUGCAGAGCCUGAGGAGACCAGCAGGAAUUUGACAGACAUGGAGGCGGAGCUUGAAGAGACCAGCAGAAAGUUGGUCAUCAGGGAGGAGGAGCUCUUCAGUCAAGACCCUCCCAGCGAGGAGGACGAGGACCAACUCCAGCGUGACCUGGAGGCCCUGAAGCUGCACAUUCUGAUGGUUAUCAACCGCACCUUCGACUCUUCGUCCUCGGUGGAGUCCAAUGCCCUGAGGAGCGCUGUGGCAGCCAUGCAGCUGCAGGAAGUGCAGGACCGGCGGUGGGCGGGUCACCCUGAGGGGCGUGUCCCAAUGUGGCGUCCUCAGAAAUAUCUCAGUGCUCACAAUGCGCUCCUCGCCAAGGUGGUGGAGUCCAGGCUGGCCAAGGCUGCCGAGGAGUCGAGCGACGCUGACGGACUCUCGUCUCCCUUCAAGAGGCAGGUGUGUCGCAUGGGCAAGCGUGUGAAGGCGGACCUUCUGAGGGUUUCACUGGUGGUUCAGGACUCUUAUGGCACCGACGUGGACGUGGUCAACAUCUACGCCGGCUUGUGUCAUGGUUGUUUCUCCGCCCGAUUGGCCCAAAUGACUUCUGCUGGACUGGAAGCAGAUGACUCCGCCUACCUGCUCUUCUGGGCCAAUUGCUACUAUCCACAGGAAAUACUAAAGCACGAAGACCUGCAGAGGAGCAUAAAAAGUUCAUGUCUGGGGUCUCUCCUGCCAAAGGAGGAGGUGCAGAACCUUGAAGAGCAGUACAUGAAGAGGAAGGAACACCAGAUGGACAUGUGGCUGAACAACAUCCUGCACCGAGAAGAAGACAACUGGUCCAAGGACGAGACACCAGAAUCCAUCGACAACUACUACUUCUCUCCGCUGGCCAUCGAAGUCAUUCAGGUGAUAGAUGGAUCCCUGAAGGAGUGCAGCAGUCUAAUCAAUGAUGGCAGAAAAUAUCAGAAGAUCACUGCCCGCCUGGAGAGCUUCCUUGGCAGGUACAAGAAGAGUAUGGAGAAGUUGGUGAAGAGGAACCAUGGCAGUGUAUCAGCGGUGGUGAAAGCUCACUUGGCUUGUGAGGAGCAACUCAGAGACUACGUCGGAAGUCAAACAGGAAGCCUGACAGAGGAGCACAGACGUCGCUGUGAGGACAUUUUGGAUGAGCUGAGGGAUGGCGGCUACUCCUGUUUCACUCGCCCCAUCCACCAACAACUGAAGGUGUUUUAUAAACAGCUGUGGACUUCCAGCUGGUUGGACCAGUCACUUCCUGUCAUCGACGCUUUGUUGGACUCUUUGUAUGAACACUUGGCUCAUCUGGCUGACAUGAAACCUUCCUGCAGACAGCGCUUGCUGUGUGUCCUCCAUGAGGAUAUGGUUUUUGAAUAUGUGAAGAGGAUGAUGAAGAGCAGGAUGAAGAGCAGGGAGCAGCAGGUGGGCGGAGCUCAGCAGAUGUCCGAAGACGCCCAAAAGAUGAAUGACUUCUUCAGUGCGGUGGGCUGCGGCGGGUCGUUGCGGCUAGAAACGAUGCUCUGCGACUUGGCCGCCAUCCUUCGACUACACGACCCUGGGAGCGUGAGGCUGGAGAUGGUUGCCUUCGCCACGAAGUUCCCCACCCUCAGUGACGUCCCGCUGUCGUUGCUGCUCACCCUCAAAUCAGACCUCUCGGCGGCUGAUGUCGGCUCCAUCAGGCGCAGUUUGGAGGAGCUGUGUCUCUGUCCCGCCUCCACCAAUCAGAGCUCAGUGUUCUUCUCCAAGCUCAAAGUCCGAUGGGUCGGUGACAGGCAAGCUCACUCGGACCAGACCCAGUCUGACUGAUGCAGCCCCCCCUACGAACGCACCCCCCAGGUCCAGUGUGCAGAAUGAAGGCUCCAAAGUGUUUCACAGACUUUAUUUGGGAUGUUUCAGCGGUCCAAACAGGAACUAAAAAUUGUGGAGGUGUUAGCGUUCUAGUGGCUCACUAAUGUCCCGUAGGACUCAUUCAGGUUACAGUGACGUUUGGGGGCGGGGUGUGGUUAGAGUGCGUGGGAGGGGGGGUGUCAGAGAAGAAAGGCUAAAGUGCAGUUCACUUCUGCUCGGGCAUCAGAUCAUCGAUGGAGUCUCCGGACUCGAGACGUUUCUCCAUUUCGACCAGCAGGUUGACACCGUCCACCACCAUCUGGACCAGCUCCACCUCAGAGAAACCCAACCGGUCGGCGUUGGAGAUGUCAAAGACUCCACCCACCGCUGCAGUGUCCACGCCCCCUGCAGAGACAAGACAAGGACUUGAGACCAAACGGGUCCAAGAGCAGACCAACGGGUUCCGACAAAGGUUCUACCUGUCCCUCUCUUCUGCAGCCUCAGGCGUUUCAGAAUCUCUCCGAAGAGCUCGUUCUUGCUGAGGUUGGGAAGUUUCACGUGGACCCCGGCCCGUAGACCCGUUCCCAGGUUGGACGGGCAGGUGAGGACGUAGCCCAGGUGCUCGUUCCACAUGAACUCGUGGCCGCGCUCCUUGAACAGGUCCUCAAUCUGCACGAUAAGACCGCCUUCACGUAACUGCCGUGCCUCGGCGCAAACAGGAAGUCAGAGUUGCGCUGCUGACCUUGGUGAGUCCGGUGCAGAAGCGUGAGAAGACCUCCCUCAUGUUGCCGCCUUUUUGCAUGCUGAUGACUCGCAGGUGGUCUUCCUCGUUGACCCAAACCAGGAAGGUCUUGUUGUCGUUGUGCCUGCAAGCAGACGGAUAAGCGUCAUCUUCUGCAACAAUUUGCCAAAACUACGCCUCCGCCGUGUGAGUAAGACAAAACCGGUUCUGACCAGAUCCCACGGCCGUCUGGCCAAUCGCGGGCCAUGCCAGAUGCCAGCAGCAGCGGCGAGACAGGCUUGUCAAACAGGAAGUGGUCAUCAAUGAGCUGCUGCUGCUCCUCCUCAGUCAUGUUCUUCAGGGCGUAGUAACGACCUUUUAAGUCGCCAUCGAGGGCGUCCAGACCUGCACAAGGUCAGGGGUUACACGUGGAGUCUCGCUGAUUUUUCUUAUAUUUGUUGUCAUAGUAACUGCAGGGGAUUGGGACAGGAAAUCAUUGGUCACCUGCCAGCCCCGAGGCUCCGCGGGAGAAGCUAUUAAUGCAGGGCACCAAGAGCACCACCUAGUGACCAUUCUUUUAACAACAUGGACAAAGCCACUUCCCUGUCCUUAACAGCAGGCCAAAUGCUUCAAACAAACUUGCCCAGUAGGGGGCGCUGCAGAGAGUACACAUGUAAACGAAAGAUGAUUGUGACGUCAUACUUUCAAGGGAGAGGUUCUCGAUGGCCCGGCGUUCUCCGCGGCUGCAGUGUGGCGGCAAACAGAAGCCACGGAUGCUGCGACCCGUCCGAACCCGAGAGCUCAGAACGUAGUUUGGAUCCAGAUCAUCUCCACCCUGAGAGAAGAUGUCAGGACUGGUAUGAUCCAAACUUUGACUCAUGUUGGCUGAUAUUACAUUUUAUUAUGUUAGAUUAUGAUUAUGAGCGUGAUGCACCGCUUUGUUGGUUUUUACAUGUUUGAA